UCCUUCAUUCCUCUCUGAAAAUUGUGUUGCUCUUUUACUCUGCCACAUCUGCUACACGGAGUAAUCUCAAGGAAACACUUUCGGGUGCCCUGCAAAUGUUCACUGGGACAGCAUUUAGGAGCGCCAUUAGAGCUGCUGAGUACCCACUGAUUCAGUGACUGGGACUUCGGUUACUGCAGUGAACAGUCAUAGAAACUUUGGAAGAUCUGUCUGUGGAUCACCAGCCAGCUGUCUGGUUGAAGGCUGAAACAUGAAUCCAGCACGUAGAGAAGCCGUGAUGGUAUCUACCACCGCAACUCCAGAACCAGAGACAGAGCACAAUGCCACAGAUUCACCGAGUAAACAUGACGUGUUCUCACACAUGAAGAACAAAUUCAUGAAUGAACUGAGCAAAAUACCAAUCCCCCCCUGGGCCUUGGCUGCUAUAAUAAUUGUCGUUUGCCUGCUCUUCCUGUGCUGCUGCUUCUGUGUCUGUAAGAAAUGCUGCUCCAAGAAGAAGAAGCAAAAGAAAGGGAAAGACAAAGGUAAAGCUCAAAUCAACAUGAAGGAAGUGAAAGAUCUGGGGAAGAGAUACAUUGACAAGGUUCAGCCCGAUGUGGAAGAUCUGGAUCCAAGUUUACUUGGAGAUGAAAAGAAAGAGGAGGAAAAGCUUGGAAAGCUGCAAUAUUCCCUGGAUUAUGACUUCCAGAAUGGACAGCUCAUUGUUGGGAUUAUCCAGGCAGCUGAAUUGGCUGCUUUGGAUAUUGGUGGAACAUCUGAUCCCUACGUGAAAGUUUACCUCCUGCCAGAUAAGAAGAAAAAAUUUGAGACCAAAGUUCAUCGCAAAACUCUCAACCCCACUUUUAAUGAAUCCUUUACCUUUAAGAUCCCAUACUCAGAGCUUGGGGGCAAGAUCCUCGUGAUGGCGGUGUAUGACUUUGACCGGUUCUCGAAGCAUGAUGCGAUUGGUGAGAUUCGGAUUCCAAUGAGCAGCAUUGACCUCGCUCAUGUGAUUGAGGAGUGGCGAGAUCUUGAGUCUGCUGAGAAGGAGGAGCAAGAGAAACUGGGCGACAUCUGCUUCUCUCUCCGCUAUGUCCCGACAGCUGGGAAACUCACCGUCAUUAUCCUGGAGGCCAAAAACCUCAAGAAAAUGGAUGUAGGUGGACUAUCAGAUCCAUAUGUGAAGAUCCACCUCAUGCAGAACGGCAAGAGACUGAAGAAAAAGAAGACCACCAUUAAAAAGAACACUUUGAAUCCAUACUACAACGAAUCGUUCAGCUUUGAAGUACCCUUUGAACAGAUUCAGAAAGUGCAGGUGGUCAUUACCGUGCUGGAUUAUGACAAGCUGGGGAAGAACGAAGCUAUUGGCAAGUGUUUUGUGGGAUGCAACGCCACCGGCGCUGAACUUCGACACUGGUCCGACAUGCUGUCCAACCCUCGAAGGCCUAUUGCUCAAUGGCACACCCUACAGCCUGAAGAAGAAGUUGACAUUGCCCUGGGAAUUAAGACGUCGUGAUAUUGUGCUGAGGCCAUUAGGAGUUGUAGUAGUUGACUAAGCUUUGAACAGCCGUUUGUUUUUCUUUGUGGCUAUUUGUAAAAUAUAUAACAAACAAGUUGUUGAUGAGCCUACACGUGUACUUGUUUCAGGAUGUCACAGUAUGCUCAGAAUAACCUUGAAUAAGUCCAGGUGUUUCUCUAUUUUACAGGCAGUCUGUGCUCAAUGAUAAUAUUCAAGGGACUGUUUUUAUCCCAGACCUGAUUGUAUUGUUAUUCCUAUUAUCUGAUUGUGUAGCGUCAUGCCUAUGUUGUCAGGAAGGAGUUGGAAAGGAAGAGAACCUUGGAGUGAAGGGGGUGGGAGGGGGAAGAAAUGAUAGCAGAAAAAUAUAUUGAGAGAAAAAUAGAAGAAAAAAAUAAAAACAAUGAAAAGAAGCGCACAAAAUGGAAUGAAGGAAGGAAGAAACAAAGGGGACGGAUUGUACACGUCUUCCGAAAAAUGUGAUUGCAGACUUCAGUGAACAGGCAGAAUUCUAUUUUGUGAAC